AUGGCCGCCAAAGCGGUAAGUACGAUGCUCAAGAGGGUUGCGACUAGCCUUCGGAAUACGCGGUGGACGCUUUAUACGAGCUGUCCGAUCGUCUGCUGCUCCCUCCUGCUUACCCUUCCAGUCCUUGCUCUGCCUAGGCCAAAGGGGCGCUGUAUGCGUCAGAGCUGGAUGCUGCUCGGCUGCGGGGUGACUGGACGGCGGAGCACCCGACUCACCUCGCAGGCAAGGGCAAGAACGUCACCUGGCCCGAGCUCAUUCGGAAAUACAUGAAGCACAAUCCCGACAGUCCAGGUGAGAAACACAUUAUUCGAGAGACGUGGGAGCAACGAGCUGACAGUCUCUCUCGCAAUGCCGUCUUCAGUCACGCCAGGCGUGGCUAGCGUGGAGCAGCAGCUGCACGCUUCCAUUGCCGCUUUCCAGAGUCAAAAGAGUAGCUACUCCGAUUCGUCGCACGACGCCGAUGUUGCUAUUCCAGGGCAGAAAGGUACUACUGUGCUUCCAGAGCCUAUCCCAGCAGACGAGUCGGGAGAAGGGUGGUCCGGCAAGGAGAUUCUUGCAGCCAACAAUCGCUUGGAAGACCUGGCAGCUUCGGCCAGAGGCGAUGACCUGGCGAAGCACAGCGUGGCAGCAUUGCGUGCGUACGCUCUGUUCUCUGUCGGCAAAGACGAGGAUGCCAUCGGCUUGCUUCACAACACAAAAUUCUUGGAGGAGGUCAACCUGGAUGCUCUGAAGGCUGGAGAUCACUCGGAGGACUACGCUGUUGCGCUCAUGCUUCUAGGUUUCUGCGUCUAUGGCAUGGCAAAUGAGCGCUUGCACGCAUCUCGCAACAACGAUGAUUUUCGCCCCUUUGUCUUGGCGGGUUAUGCUCGUGCUAUCGACCUACACGAAGGUGUACGGGGAGGCAAGAAGGCUGGCGCUUUGCGUGGUCUACCCGCAGACGAGAUCGAAGCAUGGGGAGAGACAGCUCUGUACCGCAAUGCAUUGUUCAGCGUCAGGCACGGGUGAGUGCCUAGUAUUCUGAAUCGCGCAUUUUCGCUGUCGGCGAAGGCAUGCUCACAGCGCCUACCUGUCCACAGAGAUCUUUCCCUCGGGCUGAAUGCUCUGCGCGCCUAUCAGGCGCACACCGGACGUUGGCCAGCUUCUUUCCGCAACCCGCAACGUAACGCAAUCUACCGCACAUACUUGAAUCUUCUCAAUACCUCCGUAGAGCAAGGCGGAUACGUUGGCCUCCCUGCGCCAACUACGGCCAGCAAAGAUGACUGGAGAAGCUUUGCAUACCAAAAGAGUGUAGUCAACAGCGUCGCGGCGCGCAUGACCAUUCGGGACUUUGAGGCGGAGCGAGUACCACGGCAUGGACAGGCUCGACGCAUGCUUGGCGCAGAAGGUCGUGGCAUCACUUCCAGAACCACCUCCACCCGUAGACCUGCUCCUCAUCGAGCUCUUCGUCCUUCCAGCGCUACUUGGAGCAACGAGCUCUUGACUGUGCAAGCAUCCGCAGCGGCAUCUAUCCUUCGCUCGACCGAGUUCCCUCGUGCUGGUCAGGUCAACAUCUCGGCUCUGCAGCUGGCUGACGCGGUGGUCAAAGGCUGGCAACUCAAUGGCGAGCAGGCUGGCGAGCAUGCGGAUGAGAUCGUCGAGGUGAGACCUCGGUUAGCCUCGCCCCACGCCGCCAUGCCAGAGUUUCAGAAGCUGAUCAGCUUCACUGCUCCGCUAACAGAUCCUCUACAGCCUGACAAAAAUCACGUUUCACUCACAGCGCGUCAGCAGACAUCUCUUCACCGUGCUCGUCGCAGCAGAAGCAUACGACGAAGCUCGCCUCGCUCUCGAAUUGUACAUCCAGAUUUUCGAGAAAGCGGCGGAGGCUGAUGCCGCAGGAUCUUCCGCACUGGUAGAGGAGGCUCGCAUGCGCAAGGAGGAAGACGACGCGCGGGGCUAUGAGAUUCAAGAAAACAAAGUGGAGGAGCGCGACGGCGACACUGAUCCUCGCCAAACGAAUGGCAUCUCAGAUGCGGCCAAGAAGGCUGGUGAGGCAGCUCUUCAGGAUCACGACGAUGAGGAGGUGUUCGUCUCAACGCUGUUGUACGGCGCUCACGUCCUCACGCGCUAUCUUGGCGACGCGGAAGCGUCGGACCGCAUUGCUCGCAAAGCGCUGGAUAAGGUUGCUGCCAGCACCAAGCUCGGAAACAGCCGCAACCUCGUCGCUCGCGCGAAGCGAGUGGCUGGAACCGCACGAGCUGCUUUCUGUGCGCACGAUGCCACGCCUCACCGUCGCCAAGAACUGCACGAUGAAGCGUUGAGCUUGUUGAAGCAAUCCGCAACGCUCGAGGAUCAGUCUUCGGAGACAUACUACCAGCUCGCGUACCUUCAGGCCGAGAUGCGCGACAUCCCCUCAGCCAUCCGCUCCGCAAGGAGAGCAGUCGAGCUCGAGCCUGCGGACGUGCAGACCUGGCAUCUCCUAACUCUGCUGCGAUCCGCGCAAAAGGACUUCAAAGGAGCUCUGCGAAUCGCUGAAGAAGGUCUUGCAGGCGCGGAGGAUGACGACGAAGCUGAUGCCCAAGCACUUCUUCGUGGCCUUGCAACUCCGACUUCCCCGGCCUCCCCGAGGAGUGCCAGCGGUGCAUUCCCGCAAUCCAAUGGGAUCCCUAACGGCAAACCGAGCGAAAAGCUCACCUUGGCUCGCACUGUCUUGCUCAGCGUCGACUAUCCGCCCUCUUACGCUGAGCGAGCUGAAGCUGUGCUGCGACUCAUGAUCACGCAUAAUGCUCUGGAGGAGCUCGUCGAAGGCACAGACGCAGCGAUCGAGGGUCAAAGAGAAAUAUUUGAAUUCUUCCACAAGCGAGUGGCCACUACGGUCGCGGCGCCAGCUCCACGCAAGGCCGCAGCCGAUCCAAAGGCCGCGGCGGACAAGCGUGGACGCCUAUCGACGCUGCUGUCGUCCAGCGGCACUGCUCCUCAUCGGUUCGGAUCCAUGUCAGGAAUGGGUCAAAGCGGUGCGACCCCUUCACGCGCAUCUACUCUCAUCCACUCUUUGCACCGCCGUCGUCAUCCCGUGGCCACGGAUGAGCCAGCAUCGGCUGGCGCAGUCCCUCUACCUGCCAGCUCGGCGCACAGCGAAAAGGUCGACGAGACGGCCACGGCUGCAGCGCUGCGGGAGCAACAGCGAGGACGUCAAGAGCGCGAGCUGCUCGGAACACUUUGGCUGAUGAGCGCAUCGAGCUUCCGACGGGCCGGUAAGCACAGCGAGUGUCGCGUAGCCGUCCAAGAGGCCGAAAGGAUCGAGCCUGCUCGAUCAGAAGUCUGGUUGCAGUUGGCCUUGUGGUUCGAACAAGACGACUUGCAGCUCGCUCUGGCGUCAUUGUACAAAGCGCUGGCCUGCCAAGGAGACAACAUUGCGGCCGUUGUUCAUCUGGCCAGAAUCUUCUUGGCGAACCCGGAUCACUCUCCGUCGAGCGUUCCACAAGUGGUUUUGGAAGCUUCGUUGGCCACCCAAGCCCAAUCAUCCACGCCCAAUGCACUGGUGCAGCACGUCGACCGAGCGCGCGAUGAGCAAGUCUCUGCGACUGGUCAAUCUGGCGGUAGGGGAGCAGGAAGCAAGCUUUCGCCGUACUCUAGCACUGCAGAUGCUCACAGCAGUGCGGAGAAGCGCGAACUGAGCGCAUCAAGCCUGGCAGAAGGUCUGCUCACCAGCAUCACCCUGAGUCAUGGAUGGGACUCGCCAGAGGCUUGGCUGUACUUGGGACAGGUCGCUUCGAAGACUUCCAGAAGGGAAAAGGCGAGACAGUGCCUCGAAUUUGCGCUCCAUUUGGAGCAGACCAAGCCUGUCCGUCCCUUGAGCCACGCGCUGUACCGAGCUUGA